GCUUUUGGUGAUGGUUGGGAGUGCAGAAGUUGAUUGACAGAUGCAUGCCAGAAAGCCCCAUUCUCCUUUUCAAAGACAACGUAUGAUGGAUUGCGAUCUCUCAGCUCAGCAGGACACAUGGACCAUGCAAGCUGUAAUUGGUCAGGAUCCAAUGAUAGCUGGACAAGUCAGUAAGCCCUCGCUGCUGCUGUCAGUGCGGAGUGAAAUGAAUGCAGAGUUGAGAGGUGAGGACCAGGCAGCGACUCCAGACAGCGAGCUCAAUGAGCCCCUGCUUGCGCCCGGGGAAUCCAAUGACAGCCAGGACGCUCCCAGCAAGCUCUUCGGGGCCAGAGGAAACCCGCCACCCGCUGACCCGAGCACCACCGACCAACACUCGUCCAACCAGGCCCACCCAGCAGCCUUCCCUGUUGGGCCCCAGCCACUCCUGACAGCACAGCAGCUGGCCUCUGCCGUGGCCGGGGUGAUGCCAGGAGGAACACCAGCCCUCAACCAGCCGAUCCUUAUUCCUUUCAACAUGGCAGGACAGCUGGGUGGUCAACAAGGACUGGUUCUCACCCUACCUACCGCCAAUCUCACCAACAUCCAAGGGCUGGUUGCAGCCGCAGCUGCAGGAGGCAUCAUGACUUUGCCAUUGCAAAAUCUCCAAGCUACCUCAUCCCUGAAUUCCCAACUCCAACAGCUUCAGCAUCUCCAGCAACUCCAGCAGCAGCAGCCGCCCCCACCGCCACCCCAGCAGCCUGGACCACCACCCCAGCAGCCCAGCCAGCACCCACCACCAGCUCAACAGCCACCCCAGCCUCAGCCACAGCUGCAGCCACAGCCGCAGCCACCUCCACCCCAGCAGCCCCCGCCUCCGCCUCAACAGCCCCCGCAGCCACCAGCGCCAUCUCAGCAAGCCCAGCAGAACCCAACCCAGGCUCCAGCGUCAAACCAGUCUCCAGCCCAGCAGGCCGCCAGUUCUCCCCAGAAAUCCAAUCAGUCCCCAGGACACGGCCUCCCAUCACCUCUCACUCCAUCGAACCCGCUGCAGCUGGUUAAUAACCCACUAGCAAGUCAGGCAGCGGCAGCAGCUGCGGCAGCAGCAGCAACCAUGAGCUCCAUAGCGAGCUCACAGGCCUUUGGCAAUGCACUCUCCAGCCUUCAGGGGGUCACAGGCCAACUAGUUACUAAUGCCCAAGGACAGAUUAUUGGAACCAUUCCACUGAUGCCUAAUCCAGUGCCAUCCAGCCAAGCUGCCGGAGGAGCACAGGGCCUCCAGGUGCAGCCAAUUACCCCCCAGCUAUUGACGAAUGCCCAGGGUCAGAUCAUUGCCACAGUCAUUGGGAAUCAAAUCCUGCCUGUGAUCAACACCCAGGGAAUCACUCUCUCCCCAAUAAAACCAGGCCAACAGCUACACCAACCCUCCCAGACACCAGUGGGUCAAGCUGCCUCCCAGGCCAGCCUUCUGCAUCUGGCUCACAGCCAAGCAUCCAUGUCUCAAAGUCCUGUCCGACAGGCUUCUUCUUCCUCCUCCUCAUCCUCCUCCUCUUCAGCUUUGAGUGUUGGCCAGUUAGUCAGCAAUCCACAGACAGCAGCUGGUGAGGUGGAUGGGGUGAAUCUGGAAGAAAUCCGAGAAUUUGCCAAAGCUUUUAAAAUCCGGCGCCUGUCUCUUGGUCUGACGCAGACCCAAGUUGGCCAGGCUUUAAGUGCCACAGAAGGCCCAGCAUACAGCCAGUCUGCCAUCUGCAGACACACCAUCCUGAGAAGCCACUUUUUCCUACCACAGGAAGCCCAAGAGAACACUCUAGCUAGCAGUCUGACAGCCAAACUGAAUCCUGGCCUUUUGUAUCCUGCCAGGUUUGAAAAGCUGGACAUCACCCCUAAAAGUGCCCAGAAGAUCAAGCCGGUGCUUGAACGGUGGAUGGCUGAGGCUGAGGCCCGCCAUCGGGCAGGUAUGCAGAACCUGACCGAGUUUAUCGGGAGCGAGCCCUCCAAAAAGCGCAAGAGGCGCACCUCCUUCACGCCCCAAGCCCUGGAGAUCUUGAAUGCUCACUUUGAGAAGAAUACUCACCCUUCAGGGCAAGAAAUGACAGAAAUUGCAGAGAAGCUGAAUUAUGACCGAGAAGUAGUUAGAGUUUGGUUCUGCAAUAAGAGACAGGCCCUGAAGAACACAAUCAAACGUUUAAAACAGCAUGAGCCGGCCACAGCCAUCCCGAUGGAGCCUUUAACAGACUCUCUGGAAGAAAAUUCCUAAAGGGAGAGAAAGAGACACGCACACGCUUACACACACACAUAGACACACACAUGUACCCCAACCAAAAACAAACAUAGGAAGAGAAAAGCCUGCCCCUGGGACUUGGCAAUCGUAGCUCCGUUUGUCACCCUUGUAAGUGAAGGACUGAGGAAACAACACAGCGGACAGAACCCUUUCUACAUGCCCAUUCGAUUUUCCAAAACGAUGAAAAUGUUCAUGAAGAAUGCACCACACUUCCUGUGUGUGGUAGAAUUAGUGCCCCCCUCCCCAAAAAGCCAGUUUUUUAAUGGACUGAAAGUAAACCAAAUAACUGAGUACUUUUUCUGUAUAUUAUGGAAAUGUGGACACAUUUUAAGGGGAAAAAAAGCAAAAAAACGAAAAAACGAAAAAAAUGAAAAAAAACAACAACAAAAAAAACUUUUAUCUGUUCAAAGAGAAUACAAGCCUGCCACCUGGAGGGGAGAGUGUAACCUUCCAGGGACCAAGUGCUGAGUCACUCUGGAACCUAUUAACCAAAGUCAGAAACAUGGCAUUGCCAACUCAGUUGAUUGUUAGUCUACACUUUUAUGAGUGUAAAGUUGUGUUACGAAUUUUUACCUUUGUACUUUCCAGAAAAAAAGAAAGUCUGGUUUUUCCCAUCUUUCCUGCCUGUUAUUCCCACCAGUGGGGUGGGACCACUUCCUGAAGUCAUCCUGUGAUCUGUCAUCCAAGCCUGAGUGGUCUCCAAGUGGCCAUUUGCCAUGUUGGUGGUGUGUUCUUCUCACGAUGACUUGUGGGUUUAGAAGAAGAAAAGUGAUCAAGUGACAUUUAUUUAUUCCUCCUCUUGUGGAUUUCUGUGCCUCUCCCCACACACCUGCAUCCCCGAAAUUCUGCCUAAAGGUCCUAAGAAAGGGGAGUAAACACAUCUUUCCACUUUGACUGGCAGAAUGGAAUUGGGAAACUUUAAGCUAACUAGGAAUGUUUUAAAUGGACUACCAACAUUAGCCCAUGCUGUAAUUGUGCUCAUUGAUGUCCACAGCAUGGCUCCUGAUUUUUCCUCUCUGUUGACAUGGAACAUGGAGAGCUCACCAAAACUCAUUUGUAAGAGAAAUAGAAAUUGCACAUUUGGUUCAAUAUCUCCAUGCAACAUGAUACAGCCAAUAUUUACUUACAUCUCUGUGUUGGGGUUCUGUGCAAAAUGAUUUCUCUCCAAAGCCUUCUAGCCAAAGAAAUGUCUUGAAUGCCAGUAAAAGUAUACAUAUGCACCCCAUCUCCAAAGAAACAGGUCAACAAAUGAAUGAUGCUGUUAGGGUUAUUACAACCCAUCACAUAAGGUUAUACUGUUAGCCUCAUGAUUUCUGCCAUAGCUUUUGUCACUCCAAUAUAUUUAUUGUCAGGUUUGUUGCAUAGGACUGUCACUCUAGGACUACAUAGAUUAUUGGGAUGGUGAGGUGGGUGUGGAUGAUGAGUCACAGAGGGAAGAGAUAAACAAUCAGAAUUCAAGAGUGAAUUAAAGAGACAGGAAAAGCUCCAAGAGUGGAGAAUAGUCCACCUCUGAAGUGUAUCAGAUUAAAGAAACAGCCAGGCAGACAGGCAAGAGAGAAAGAGAGAGAGAAGGGAGACAGGAGAGGAGAAGGAAACAGAAAAGCAAACUAAAUGAAAGAGUGGGGAAGGAAAGAAAAAGAAAAGAAAGGAGAGAGGGGGGAGAGAGAGAGAGAGAGAAAGAGAGAGAUAGAGAGACGGAGAUGAGAGAAAGGUUACUUUCAGUUUUUCAGAAAGUCCUUUAGUAGUGGGACAAAUAAAUUGUUUCAUUUUGUAAAAUGUACCAUCGUUUCUUCCUCUUGAUGAGUGAGUGGACAGAAAAAAUAUUGUGAAACAGAGAGAAGGUGAAAGCAAUGAAUAAACCAUGGGUUGAGCCUAUUAGAUCCUUGGCCUUUUCUAAUGGCUAUAGAUGGGAGAGAUGUGUUUAAAUGGGCAGAUAAGAAGGAUUUGCAUAAGUUUCCCUGUUAUUGAAAUGUAAAUAUCUGUUACUAAUGAACAAAUAAUAAUGUUACAUGUAAUAGUUUCAGGCAAAUUUUCAAAGAAAAAACCACCACUAGGUCCAACCUCAAGGUGUCCAAACAUUUGGGCCACCCAUAGUCACAUUCACCCCUAAUUUUGUUGUGGCUCUGUCGGUUUUCUCCGUUGGUUUGUCCACUAGCGAUGUCAAUACUGCAGGACACUCAUCAGACCUGUUGAAUUCAUGCAGUGUUCAAAAGGCCACAUCAAAACCAGCAGGAAAACUCAAAAAAAGCAGACACUCCUGAAGUUCCCUUCUCUCCGGCACACUGGCAACUGGACUCUGGCUUCUUUUGCUAUCAGGGCCAAUAAUGCCACUUGACCCAUUCCAUCACUUACCUACUCCACCCCUUACUGGAACCCACCACCACCACCAUCAAAACUGCAUAAAUACCUACAGGCUGGGAGUCAAAUGGCCAACAUUUCCUCCCUGAAAAACUCAAUGUGUAUUCUCCUAGGAACUGCUCCAAUUUCAACAAAGGAAAACUCCCCAUGAAGAAAAGUUCACAAGACCCCGAAUGAUGGAUGCUAAAUGUUUAAUCGCAUGCCAGGAGCAGUUACAUAAGGCCUGCUUGGUUCUGAGAUCUAUAUUGGGAGAGAACAACCAGGAUGGUGAAAUGUAAAAUACAUAUAAUCUUCCAGAGUAGCGCAAAAAGAAAUCUAUUCAUCCCACAGUCGUGAAACCAUUCAUGUGCAGUGAUUUUUUUUAAAGUUUUCUAAUUUUGUAUUAUGUUUUGUAAAUUAUUUAUAAGGUGUUGUAAUGCUUCUUAUAUUAAUUUUUUUUACAAACAGAUUUUUGCUAUGAGGCAUAAAAAGGUGCCUGCACAGGUUCUUGGGGAUAUAAAUGAUGUAUGUGUGUGUAACUCACUUGUGGGUCUUGUGGACCACGCCUAUGGUUUGACUCCAUUGCUGACUCCAUUGGGAAAGGACAGUGCAUUUUCAUGUUUCCAUGUCCCUGAAAGUUAAUGUUGCCACCAAUGAUCCACAAUGGAAAGUUGUUUCCAGCUCAUGGGAUUGUCUUUGAGCAUUGCCCCUCGUUUCCAGUUGGUUUUGAGCUCUCAUCAUCAUUUCGACCUGACAUGUGGACCAACAAAGACAUGUCCUUUCGUCUUAUGUUCCCGUGAUUGGUCUAUGGUUUUCUCCUCUAGGGAUUUUGGGAGGUUUCUUCUAACCAAAAGCUGUCUUGGAUAGUUACAAGUAUAAAAGCAUUCAAAGGUUUCCAGUUCUUUAUGUUGUACCAACCCAUAUCUACUCCCCCACCAAACAAACACACACACGUACACACACACACACACACACACGCACACGCACACAAACACACAAAGAGAACAAGGAGGCAAAAGGAGCUAAUAAAGAACAAGUAGAGGCGUACAAAAAACUCAAGCUAUAACCAAAAAGUAAUUAUGAAUUGCCUUUGCUCGUCUUCUCAAUGCUGGACCAAAGCUCAAUGUAUGUAGGUAUAUGCACAUUGUAUAGAUAUGGCGAAAUGUUGCUGACAAUCUUGCAAUACUAAACUGUUACUCUUUAUGAAAAAAAGAUAAACUGUUCAUCAGUGUUUACCUCAACACUCUACUUGUACCCCAUUAAUGACCAACACCAAAACGAGAGACAAAGAUGGAGAAAACGGAAUUGAAUUUCCAUGUCAAUGUUUGACUGUCAAAUCUUGUUGGGAUAACAUUUUGUAAUGAGCAUUUUGUCAUGUGGUUUGCUUGUCUCUGAUUGGAGAUUCUGUGAGGCACACUUGUUAGUUUCUUGUCGAGGAAGUGAGUUUCUGGUUAUUAUUUUUAUGUCCUCUGUGCUAUAAUAAUCUACAGAAUGGUCACCAGGGUCACUAAUGAUGCCCUGCCAAGAGAUCUGCUUUUCCAUUCAUGCAGCGUGCUGCAGGAAGGGGACAGUACAAAGAGGGACUCUAUCGUUUUCCAAUAAUCAAAAUAAGGAUACUGAUAUUAGAGGAGUUGCCAUGAUGGACUUGUGACCAAGAAGCCAAACUGGAUAUUUAAAAGCUCCUAACUUGCUCUGACAUUGAAACCAAAGCUGAUUUACCUGCACAGGUUGCUUAAUGUUUAAAAAAAACACUGACAAACUGUACUUAAUCUAGAGCAAUAUCUGUAUGGUCAGUAAAGCUGCACUUUGUGUAUUUCUUAAACAGCUUCAGAUCUGUCACUUUUAAUUUGUACCAUGAAAAAUAAAGAAUUGUUUGACAUGAGUUUGUAGCAGACAUCUGUCUUCAACUCAGGUGUAUUAUUUACAUAAAUCUGUGUUUGUGUGAUGUCACAGCCAAAAGUGUUGAGUUAAUAUUGCUAUUAAAUCACAUUUUAAAUGGAAUGUUUGUGUCCUCCACUAAUGUCCUCCCCUAGUGCCAUAUUGGUGGAAGGGAUCCUGCAUUCUAACCCAAAGAAGAAUAAUCUCUAAAAGAUCCCACUGGGCCAGAAAGUCUUCAGGGAGGAACCCAGUGAUCAAUUCUCUCUGUCAUCUAAGAACCAGCCUUGUAUUCUAGAAGCACUUCACUAGAUUGGUCUCAGGGUGACCAACAUCAUAUACUACAACUUCCAAAGACUAAGGAGGGGUUGUAAUCUGUGUUGAUGAAAAGAAUCUCCAAAUCACUAAGCUGAAGGAUCUUUGUCAUAUUGGAGAAGUACCAACAGAAUACAUAGUGCUAACUAACUCCCUUUGGAAAUGGAUAAAAUGUGUGGC